AUGCGCAUAUAUAUGUAUAUAAGAAUUGAGUAUUUUAUGAGUACCAAAAGCAAGCGUUCGCUUCAAUCAGGACCAUCAGUGACGACGAGCAACUCGAGAUUUUCGUCACAAGACAAUUUCGAACCAUACGAAGUCUACUUUCUCGACAAAGAAUCUGUUCUAACAAUCAAGUACCCCAUCACGCCACUAACACAAGAGGACUGCCUGAACUUUUCCAAGUUGAGAAAGCUUCAGCAAGACAACUUACAUCGCUUUCUUGGUCUGUCCAUUGACGGUCCCGAAUACGUAGCCAUCUGGAGACUAUGUUCCAGAGGAACACUUCAGGUUAAAAUUAUAUGCAGAGGGUCAUCAUGGUUCGAUCCAUUUUUUAUGUUCUGCAUUAUGAGGGACAUUGCUCAGGGCCUUCGAUUUCUGCACAGCUCAUUCAUUGAGUCCCAUGGUCGUCUUAGCUCGGAAUGUUGUCUGGUUAAUGAAAGUUGGCAAGUAAUGUUGUCAGAUUACGGCACUUCAUCGCUUCAAGAAGAGAACCACCGAAAAAAGAAACGAUUUCUAUGGACGGCUCCUGAACUUCUUCGAGGUUCAACAGAGGAUACUCCAACUUGCUCUAAGGCAGGAGAUAUUUACUCCUUUGCUAUAAUUUCAUCGGAAAUAAUCACGCGAAAACCCCCUUGGAAUUAUCAAGAACGAAAAGAAAGCUUGGAUGAACUAUUGUACAUGAUCAAAAGGGGCGGACAUACACCUAUACGCCCAGAUCUCAGCACCGAUGGCGAAAUCAACUCUGCCUUGCUUCACCUUAUUCGCGAUUGCUGGAAUGAACGAGCCUCUGAACGUCCUACAGCUGAUACCAUAUGUAAACUUUUGGAGACGACGAACUCUGAAAAGAAGGGCAAUCUCAUGGAUCACAUGUUUACCAUGCUUGAGGAUUACACAAAUACACUUGAGCUGGAUGUCGAGGAGCGAACGAAGGAGCUACAGGAGGAAAAAAAGAAGGCAGAUAUUCUUUUAAGGCGAAUGCUACCGAGCCAAGUAGCUGAUCGCCUGAUGUUGGGCCAAACGGUAGAAUCGGAGAGCUUCGACUGUGUUACAGUAUUUUUUUCCGAUGUUGUCAAAUUCACCCAGUUGUCUUGCCUUCAUUUACAGACUGUGAACCUCCUCAACGAUCUCUAUAGCGGCUUCGACUCUAUUAUAGAGGAGCACUGCGUUUACAAAGUCGAAUCGAUCGGUGAUGGCUAUCUAUGCGUUUCUGGCCUUCCACUUAGAAAUGGGCACAAUCACAUAAAAGAGAUUGCAGAACUAUCGCUCUCAUUCAUGGACUUUGUUAACGAUUUCCGAAUCGCGUCUCUUCCAAAGGAAAGAAUUCAACUUCGAAUCGGAGUUAACUCAGGUCCUUGUGUAGCCGGCGUUGUUGGGUUGAGCAUGCCCCGAUACUGCCUCUUUGGUGACACCGUGAACACCGCCUCGAGGAUGGAAAGCAACGGAAAGGGUGAAAGAACAGUUCUUGUAACUAAAUAUCAGACUCUUAUAAAAGAACAUCACUCCGGUUCUUGUGACCUGUGCUCAGAGAAUGAAAGCAAUUAA